AAAGUUGAGAUGAACGAACUAAUGGAUCAAUUAGUGUAAAUCUUUGACAUUCAAAACGCGCAACUCUCUCGUCCGAGUCUUCUCUCGUCUGUCUGUCUCUCUCUCUUGCCGUCUGCUUUGCGCUUUUUUCUUCUCUUUAUCAGGCUUUCCCACUCCUCUCUCUUCACACAUGCCUUUCCCUCCUCCUUCACCCACCUCCUUGUUCUUUCUCCACCCAACUCGACAAUGAAUUUUCAACAAAACCAACAUCUCUAAGCCUCAGAAUUCAAGCUACGAAUUUUUUUAAAUCUGGGAUUUGUCCCAGAACAGCUUCUUUUGCUGUUGGGUCCAAUCAGAUCUUGUAGCUUCAGUUUUCUCGCCUAUCAAAAUUGAAUCUUUGGGUUGUUUUCAAUCUCAAUCAAUUUUGUAAAAGUAGCGUUAAAGGCUCCUGCUUUGUUGGGCAAUUUCAAUGGAUCUUGGGAAAACGACAAGAGGGGCUGUAUUGGGUCGUAUACUGGUUCUUUUCACAUUGGUUCUGGAUGCGUCAGGUGACUUUGUGUUCCCUGUGCACCAUAAGUUCAAGGGCCAGCGGUCUUUGAGUGCAUUGAAAGCCCAUGAUGCUCGCCGCCAUGGUAGAAUUCUAGCCUCUGCAGGCUCAGGCUCUACUUCUGCUGUGGAUCUGGAAAUAGGCGGCAAUGGCCAUCCUUCUGACACUGGCCUCUACUUUGCCAAACUUGGGAUUGGCUCACCUUCAAAGGACUAUUUUGUCCAGGUCGAUACAGGAAGUGACAUUUUAUGGGUCAAUUGUAUUGGCUGCACAAACUGUCCCAAGAAAAGUGAUAUUGGUGUGAAGCUCACAUUGUAUGAUCCAAAGAGCUCUUCAACGUCACAAACUGUUACUUGUGAUCAAGACUUUUGCACAGACAAAUACAGUGGUCAGCUCCCUGGUUGCAGGCCAACCUUGCUCUGCGAAUAUGAUGUGACUUAUGGAGAUGGAAGCGCAACAGCUGGUUACUUUGUGAAGGACAAUAUUGAAUUUGAUGAAAGAACAAAUGGAAGUAUGGUAUUUGGUUGUGGAGAUAAACAAUCUGGGCAGCUAGGUAAGUCUUCUGAAGCACUUGAUGGGAUACUUGGUUUUGGGCAGGCAAAUUCAUCUGUGAUUUCGCAGCUGGCUGCAUCUGGAAAGGUCAGAAAACAAUUUGCACAUUGCCUGGACAAUGUAAACGGAGGUGGGAUUUUUGCCAUUGGGGAAGUGGUGCAGCCAAAAGUGAAGAAUACAACUCCAUUGGUGCCAAGGCAGGCACAUUACAAUGUUGCGAUGGAGGCAGUUGAGGUGGGUGGCAAUGUGGUAGAACAACUUCCCACAGGUAUAUUUGACACUGGAGACAAGGAAGGGACAAUAAUUGACAGUGGUACAACCUUGGCUUAUCUUCCAGAGGAGGUUUAUCAACCAGUCAUGAGCAAGAUCUUUGCAAGUCAGCCUGACUUGAAAUUACAUACAGUUGAUGAGCAGUUCAAAUGUUUCCAGUAUUCCAAGAGUGUCGAUGAUGGAUUUCCAGUGGUGAAGUUCCAUUUCAAGAAUUCGGCUUCAAUGACGGUGUAUCCUCAUGACUAUUUGUUCCAGUUGAAGGAUGAUGUUUGGUGCUCUGGUUGGCAGAGCAGUGGGAUGAAAUCCGGAAAUGGAGAUUCCCUGACCCUUCUGGGAGAUUUGGUGCUUUCAAAUAAGCUAGUCAUUUAUGAUCUUGAGAAUCAGGAAAUUGGGUGGUUGGAUUACAACUGCUCUUCAAGCAUCAAAGUGAGAGAUGAGAAGUCAGGGGGAAUUGUCACUAUUGGUGCCCACAAUCUUUCUUCAGCUUCCACUUUAACAAUUGGAAGAUUAUUGAAAUUCUUGUUAUUAAUAAGUUCUGUGCUGCUGCAAAUAUCUUCUUUGUAUUAGAUUUACUUCAACAAGUGGCCAGCAUUCAUUUUGAUGCUCCAAAAUUUAUCAAUGAAAUUGUGUGAUUCAUUUCCAUUUA